AUGGCAUUUCAUUGGCAAGGAAAAUCAGUGCUUCUUAAGGGAUUGAAGCCAAAUCAUUCUUCCUUUCAAGAUGCAAACCAGUUCUUCAAGAAACCCGCUAAGAGAGGCUUGUUGUUGCAGAUCACAGUCCAACUCUUUACUGCAGAGCCCAGCCAACCUGUACCUGAAAUGGAAUCCUUAUUGGAAGAAUUUGUAGCUAUGUUUGAGAUUCCUCAAGAUCAUUUGAAUCACUUGAAGGCUGUGCUUAGUGUUUUGCUUCAAAACCAGCUCUAUGCUAAGAGGAGCAAGUGUACCUUUGGCUGUUCUGAGGUGACGUAUUUGGGGCAUAUUGUGUCAAGUGAGGGUGUUAAAACUAAUUCUAAGAAAGUCUUGGCAAUGCAGCAAUGGCCUACUACUAGUGUGAAAGCUUUAAGGGGAUUUUUAGGCCUCACUGGUUACAAUAGGAAGUUUGUCAGAAAUUAUGGUCUCAUUGCUGCACCUUUGACUUAUUUGCUCAAGAAGGAUUCCUUUAGGUGGACUGCUGAAGCUGAUUCUGCCUUUUAUCAUCUCAAUGCUGCUGUGAUGCACCCUCAUGUCCUAGCCUUACUAGACUUCUCUAAAACCUUUGUUAUUAAGUCUGAUGCUUCAGGUUCAACUUCAAAUUCUUCUGAAGUCAACGUGGAAUUGCCAACAACUAAUGUUGCUAUUCCAAUUCCGGAAAAUGCGGAUGUUCCAAUUCCGGAAAAUGCGGAUGUUCCAAUCUCUCAAUCACAAUUUCAAAGAAUUGACCUUGAUUCUUUGGAUUAUGAUCCCGGAACACGCAAACAAAUAUGGGAAUAUCAUGUUAAUCAACAUGCAGCUUAUUGUCUACCCUGCUUUGUCUUUCAUAAUCCAAAUGUGGUUGUGGGACAAAAUACAUUUAUUGUUGGUGGAUUUAGAAAUUGGAAAAAGGUUGGGGGCAAAGAUUGUUCUUUUCAAGUUCAUAUAGGAAAAGAUCCUAACUCAGCUCAUAGAGUUGCUGAGCAAAUGUGUAAGGAUUUGAUAAACCAAUCGCAGCAUUUGCAAAGAGUAGUUGAUCAUUUCACUACUGAACAAAUUGCAAAUAAUCGGUUGCAAUUGAAGGCCACAAUUUUUAUUGUGCGAUAUCUUGCCUUUCAAGCUAUAGCUUUUAGAGGUCGAGAUGAAAGUUUUAGUUCAUUAAAUCGUGGGAACUUUCAUGAAUCAUUGGCCAAAGUGAAGAAGGCCAUUCAGGAAGAAAUUGGUGAUGCAAAGUUUUGCAUAAUGGUUGAUGAAGCUCGUGAUGAGUCCAUGAAAGAGCAAAUGGCUGUGGUGUUUAGAUAUGUUGAUGCAGAAGGCUUUGUGAAAGAACGCUUUUUUGGGCUUAUUCAUGUUGUUGACACUGCAGCUUUGACUCUAAAGAAGGGGAUAUAUUCUUUGUUAUCUCAAUAUUGCUUAGAUAUACAAAAUAUUCGAGGGCAAGGAUAUGAUGGAGCAAGCAACAUGCGAGGUAUGUGGAAUGGAUUACAAGCUUUGAUUUUGAAUGAUUGCCCAUAUGCUUACUAUAUCCAUUGUUUUGCACAUCGUUUACAAUUGGCAUUAGUAAAAGCAUCAAAACAAGUUGUUCCCAUUAGUCAUUUUUUUCUUACAUUGCUUUUUCUGAUCAAAAUUGUUAGUGCUUCAUGCAAGCGCAAUGAGCAAUUGAAAGUUGCCAAUGCUAAUGAAAUAGCACGUUUGAUUGAUCUUGAAGAGCUUGAGACUGGAAGUGGACUUAAUCAAAUUGGCACUUUACAACGACCUGGAGAAACACGUUGGAGUUCACAUUUUAGAUCAGUUUCUAGCUUAUUAAGGAUGUUUAGUUCAACUGUUGAAGUUUUACAAAAUAUAAUUGAUGGUGCAAUUGAUGGAGAAAAUCGGGCAGAAGGAGAGUCAGCUUAUGAAGGUUUAACUUCAUUUGAAUUUGUUUUCAUCUUGCAUCUUGAGAAGGAAACUAUGGAGAUCACUGAUAAACUUUGUCAAGCUUUGCAAAGCCAAUCUCAAGACAUUUUAAAUGCUAUGCAUUUAGUUUCAUCUACUAAAGCACUUAUCCAAAAAUUUAGAGAUGAUGGAUGGGAUGGCUUACUCACCACUGUGAUAUCAUUUUGUGAGAAGCAUCGCAUUGAUGUCCUGGAUAUGAAUGCUCGUUAUGUUGCGAGGCGAGGUCGAGCUCGUAAUCAACCAGAUAACGUUACAAAUGAGCAUCAUUAUCGAGUAAAUAUUUUUUAUGCUACAAUAGAUUCUCAACUACAGGAACUAAAUUAUCGGUUUAAUGAAGAUGCAAUGGAGUUGCUUAGGCUUAGCUCAGCUUUAGAACAUCGAGAGGCAUUAAAAUCUUUUAGAAUUAGUGAUCUUUGUUUGUUGGUAAAGAAUUUCUAUCCACAAGAUUUCACAGAUUAUGACAAACAAGUGUUGGAGAAGGAGCUUUAUCAUUUUGAGCAUAAUGUAGUCCAAGAUCCAGAGUUCAAAAAAUUGAAAAGUUUAUUUGAGUUGUCUCAAUGGUUAGUGAGAACUGAAAAUUCAGAACAAUACAAACUUGUUUAUAGAAUGGUGAUACUUGUGCUUACUCUUCCAGUUUCUACUGCUACUACAGAGCGAGCAUUUUCAGCUAUGAAACUUGUCAAAACUGAACUUCGAAACAAAAUGAAAGAUGACUUUUUGAAUGACUCUUUGAUGUUAUACAUUGAAAAGGAUAUAGCUUCGACAUUUAGUUUGGAUUCAAUAGUAGAUGAUUUUGAAGAUUUGAAAGAGCGUCGAAUUCCCUUUUCAUAG